AUGGAUCCCUCAAUUAUAGAAGACAGGCUCGCAAGAGUCGAAGAACGUGCCAGGAACCUUGAGAAGAUAAUUCUUAUCUCUACCGAAACCCAGGCAGCAAUAUGGAAGAAUGUACCUGAGGAAUUCGAUAGAUCUAGGGAAUUAAUAUUAAAACUUUUGGAAAAAAGUCACGAUGUGACAAACUCCAAUCAAAACCAAAGCCUCACGCGCUACGUCGGGCCCCCUCAAAACUCCGAUGAGACAGGUAGUUACGAAACCGAAAGUUUCAUUAACACCUAUCAGGAUGUUGAAAGUUAUAAUGCCACUAGCUACAACAUCGAAAACUUUGAUGAUGCUAGAUAUAAGGCAGAAAUCGAAGAUAUUGAAGUCAAAUAUAAAGCAGAUAUUGAAAAGAUUGAAGCCAAAUAUAAAGCGGAAAUCGAAGACAAUGAAGCCAGAUAUAAAGCAGACAUCGAAGAUAUGAAGGCCGAGCUGCUUAAAACAGAGGAGAUGAGGAUCGAACUGCUUGAGAAGACGGAGAAUUAUAAUAGAGUCCGGAAGCUACUUGAUGAAGAAAGAAGAAAAAGCCGAGCCCUUGUUGGAACUCUUCGAGAUAUUCAAGGUAACAUUAGGGUAUUGUGUAGAAUUCGACCCGCAGGAAAGGACACCCCAGAAGAAGACCUUGUAGACUUUGGUCCGCAAGAAAGCGGGGAGUUUUCCUCUCACUGGGGGAAAAUGACCAUCGCCACUACACGAUCAAACUAUAUGGGAGAUAUAGUUCCGGACACACCGAAAGUCUAUAAUUUCGAGCGUAUCUUUAGUACGUCGGACACAAACAAGGACGUCUUCGAACAUAUCAGCGACCUCGUUGAAUCUUCAAUGGAGGGUCAAAAGAUCAUAAUGUUCGCUUACGGACAAACUGGUGCUGGAAAGACAUUUACUCUUAGUCACAAAGGCCCAGACGCUAAGCAUAACGGAGUGAUUCCAAGAUCCUUGGAUUUACUGUUUAAGACCCAGCGAAAGCUAGCGGAUGAAUUCGAAUUUACGAUUUCGGUAAGCAUCCAAGAAAUCUACCAGAAUAAGACUUUUGACCUCUUGGGAGCAGUUGAGGCGAGAAGGAGGGGAUCCGAGGUCCGAGCCAACUCGGCUCGGAAGCAAUCUUUGCAUUCCCAUGAAGAGUCUAUGUCAGUGAUAGAUGCUGCGAUGAACUACAGAGUAGUUUCAGCAACUGACAUGAAUGCUGCUAGCUCUCGUUCGCAUCUGAUUCUGACAUUUGAGAUUACAAGGGUGUCACGAGGAAAUGCAAGGGAAGUUAGGUCUGGCUUUCUUAAUAUCGUCGACCUCGCCGGGAGUGAGAGGCCAAACGCAAUGGGAUCGACGAACGAAGUUCGUGAGCAAGGAAUCCAAAUCAAUAGGUCUUUGAUGAGCUUAACUAAGCUAAUUAGUUGCAUAGCGACUGGCGAUCCCGUCGUCUAUGAUACAGAGCUCGUACGAUCAUUAAGACCUGCUCUCUCGCCCCAGACAAAAGUUGUCAUGUUUGUUAUGAUCAGCCCCUUAAAGGAGGACCAGGAGGUCUCUUUCCAAACUCUCGAAAGGGGGCGGGAAGCUUCGGCCGCAAAGAUGGCUUCGGCCGACCUUAGCGGGAAUGCUAAGACACCGGGACCAUCUACGAGGAAUACCCAGCGUGGUGAUUCCCCAUCAAGGGGCACACUUUCAUCAAGGGGUGGGCAAAGUUCAACAUCGAGGGGCGGGCAAGGCCGCGGCCGGAGAUAA